AUGAUGAAGUUACCCUAUCCAUUCUCUCCCUUGUCGAGCUCUAAAACCAGCGCGAGCCGCGAAACGAGCAGACGAAGAAAGACGUUAGGAUGCUGUCGUUGAGCUGUGCUUCUGCUUGCUCAUCAUUUUUCUCAGCAAAAGCGCUCUGCUUUUCAUCCUCACUCUACCUCUUCCCUAGGAGUCCUAGAUUCCCUAGGGUUGUUAGAGCCUUUUGUUCAUCUGCUUGCACCGGAGACUCAGUUUCUGAUCAAUCUCAACAACCUCACGUCGUCCAGAGAAGCAAUUACGCUGGCGUUUGUCUGGAAGAGACCGUUGAGGUUGGCUCUGAGAAGUCAAGGCUUGAUUCUUGGAUUUCUUCUCGUAUUGACGGCGUCAGUAGAGCUCGUGUCCAGUCGACCAUUCGUUCGGGGCUUGUUUCGGUUAAUGGCCGUAUUAUUGACAAGGUUUCACACGUUGUCAGAGUUGGGGAUAAGGUUAACUGCACAAUAAUGGAGUUGCAACCGUUGAGGGCUGAUCCAGAAGAUAUACCACUGGAUAUAGUAUAUGAAGAUGCUCAUGUUCUAGUUGUAAACAAACCUGCGGAUAUGGUUGUUCAUCCGGCACCUGGCAAUGCAAGUGGAACUCUUGUAAAUGGUAUUCUUCAUCAUUGCAGUCUUCCAACAGUUGGAUUCUCAGAUAGUAAGAUAUUUUGUGAAACAGCAGAUAGUUCUGAUGAUGAUUUUGGUAGCUAUUCCAGUGCACAAAGUUCCAAGGAAGAGAUGAGUGCCACAGAAUAUGGGGCUUCUGUUCGACCUGGUAUUGUGCACAGAUUGGACAAAGGAACCAGUGGAUUGCUUGUUGUUGCAAAGGAUGAGCAUUCUCAUGCCCAUUUGUCUGCACAAUUCAAGCUUCACACCAUUCAUAGAGUGUAUUUGAGUCUUACUUCAGGAGUACCCUCCCCACUUUCUGGACGUAUUGAGAUUCCAGUUGGUCGUGAUUCAAAUAAUCGGAUUCGCAUGGCUGCUAUCCCUGGCGCUAUUAAGAGUAAACAGGCACGCCAUGCUGCUAGUAGGUAUAGGGUAAUUGAAGUUUUGGCUGGUGCUGGCUCUGCACUUGUCGAAUGGAGUUUAGAAACUGGCCGAACUCAUCAGAUCCGUGCACAUGCAAAGUACCUGGGAAUUCCUCUUCUAGGUGACGAAGUGUAUGGAGGAACCAAGAGCAUGGCCCUCUCACUGCUUCGGCCUAGGACGCCCUCCAGCUUGCAUGGUCACCUUUUGCAAGUGGUUUCAAAAUUACAAAGGCCUUGCCUCCAUGCUUUUGCUCUUGGUUUUGAGCACCCACAUACUGGAGAGAACAUGCAGUUCUCAUGCCUGCCCCCUGCUGACUUUGCUGAUGUGUUGAGUCUUCUUCGUGGUAUUGGAACCCAAAAGCCUGCACUUCAGAAAUGAUUCUCUGCCCGCUACCACCCAUGAGUGGAAAAUCUAAAGAAAUGAUUGGUGUGUAAAUCAAUUGGAGGCCUUUGAAUGUAAGAUUCCAGCAUUUCAGAAAAAGCUUAUGGCUGAGGAUAUUCAGGCACAGGACUAGUAAGGGAAGCAGAAUAAUGAAUGAGAAGUGCUGACUGCCUCUGUCAGCUCCACAGUUUUGUUGUGAAAAGAUGUCCUACAAUGUACCCUGUAACUGAGCUCUCAACUAGACUUCGCUUGUUAUUACCUAUCUAUCAUGCUGUUUGAUGAAAGGGAGGGAGACGAGAGUGUUAUUGUUGAAUUGGUGUCGGGAUGGACCAUACAAAGAAAAGAAAAAAGAAAGGAGGAGGUGUGGAUUUUUUUUUUUUUGUUUUUCCAAUUUAUGUGAAGAGGUGGAGGGGAACUUAAUUGGUGAUUAGAUGAUUGAACUGAUUGUAGUCACCUAAACCAGUCAUUGUUUCCAAACCAUAAGUUGGUUUGGAUUACUUAAUAUGCAUUGGUUUCAAAUCAA